AAAGAAAUUAAGCUAAACAAUAUUUGCUGCAACAAAGUCUCAGAAUCUGUGCAACUGUAUACUUUGUGCAGUGCGUGUUUGAGCAUGGAAUUACCUUUGACAGAGUGCUGUUCAUAUCUCUGUGUGUGUCACCUGACAGCCUUGUGCUUCAGGAUGAACCUAAUACAGAGCUAUUAUUAGGAAGGGAUAGCGAGCAAAGAAACCUUUUUGUGGAUUACAUAGCCGGACUUAGCAGCAGGACAAUGUUACCCAGCUGGCCAGCUCCAGAGUUCAAUCCCAGCCAGAUAAGACUUAUUGUCUACCAAGAUUGUGAACGGCGAGGAAGAAAUGUUCUGUUUGACUCUAAAGCAACAAAGAAGCCUGAGGAAACUACAGCCUUAAAAGUAUGCAGCGAUAUCCAAGUGAAGAUUCUCGAGAAAUGCUGUCAUACAAAAUGCAGUACAUGUACCAGCUCUUCAGACAGCCUCUCUUCCUCAUCUUCAUCAGCUCCUAAUGCUAAAGAUCAAUCUUCGAAAUGCCAGAAUUCUCGGCCAUCCUCUGAUGCUAACAUGCUUGGUGAAAUGAUGUUUGGGUCUGUGGCAAUGAGCUACAAAGGUUCCACCUUAAAAAUCCACCAGAUACGGUCUCCACCUCAACUAAUGCUUAGCAAGGUUUUCACAGCUCGUACCGGAGGUAGUGUCACUGGAAGUCUCAAUACGUUACAAGACAGUCUCGAAUGUAUUAAUCAGGACACUAAUACGUCAAAACCUUACCCAGAUCAAAAUAUUCUGAUGAACAGCCUUAUAGGUUUUUCGCAGCUUUGCAGCCCUAGGCGGGCACCAGGUGUUUCUGAGCCAGCACCGCUCCGUCUAAUCCGGAGCGCUUCUUUCUUUGCAGUUCACAGCACUCCAAUGGACAUGCCCAGUAGAGGGAUCAAUGAAGACAGAGACAGUGGAAUAACACGAUCUGCUUCCUUAAGCAGCCUGCUUAUCACUCCGUUCCCUUCACCAAGCUCCUCACUUCCGAAUAGUUGUGCGAGCAGCUACCAUCGCCGCUGGCGCCGUAGUCAGAAUACUAGUCUUGAAAAUGGAGUUUUCCCCAGAUGGUCAGUAGAAGAGAGCUUUAACAUGUCCGAUGAAAGCUGUAGUUCCAAUCCCUCCAUUGUUCGAAAAAAGAAGAUUGCUAUUGGGGUUAUAUUUUCACUGUCACAAGAUGAGGAAGAAAAUAACAAGUUUCACGAGUUCUUCUUUGCUCAUUUUCCUCUCUUUGAGAGUCAUGUGAACAGACUGAAGUUUGCUAUUGAGCAGGCUAUGAAAAUGCGAAAUAGAAUUUCUGAGGCAAACCAGCGUAUUCUGGGUUACAGUAGGAUUGUGGAUGCUUUGAAUGAAUUCAGGACAGCGAUAUAUAAUCUUUAUACAAUGCCAAGGAUUACAGACCCUGUAUGGUUAACCAUGAUGUCUGGAACACCUGAAAAAAACCUGCUUUGCCAACAGUUUAUGAAGGAGUUUGCUUUACUGAUGGAACAAACAUCAAAGAAUCAGUUUCUACCAGCCCUGAUUACUGCUGUGCUCACAAAUCAUCUUGCCUGGGUCCCAACAGUAAUGCCAAAUGGUCAACCACCUAUAAAGAUUUUCUUGGAAAAACAUUCCUCUCGAAGUGUGGAUAUGUUAUCAAAGUCAAAUCCGUACAACCCCCUUUGGGCCCAGCUCGUCGAUCUACAUGGUGCAAUAGGAUCUCCGGUAAGAUUAGCCCGAACUGUGGUGAUUGGUAAACGACAGGAAUUGGUUCAGCGGUUGCUUCACUUUCUGACAUAUUUCAUUCGUUGCUCUGAGCUGCAAGAAACCCAGCUGGUGGUCGAGGGUGAUGGUGAUGCGGAAAUGAGUGAGUCGGUAAUGACCACAUCACUGGAGAAAGGAGAGGUGGAAGAGUCAGAAUAUGUUGUGGUUACACUUCACAGGAAUAAAGGUUCACUUUUCCCAACCAUAUUGCAAAACCAAAACACACUUUCACGGGACAGUGCUGUCAGUUUGUAUCGGGGUGAGAAGUGUCCCCUUCAUGCUACUAAAGAACAGCAUGAUGUUACCAGGCAGGAAGAAUCAAGUGAUGCAUUUCCAAGAUGUCACAGGAACGUAUGGAAAACCAACUGCAGUCCAAAUAGUUGUACUACAAAUCUGACAGUUCUUGGCAGAGAAGAUACCAUCAAGCAAUAUAAGGAAAGCACAAACUACCUUCAGGAAGCCAAGACUGAAACAGUGCUGUCUGUCAAAUCUGGUGUUGCAGGCCAAAGCCUUAUCAUAGAGCCUGUUGUUGAAAAACUGCCUCCUGAUAAGCAGUUGUCUACUUCAGUACCCUGUAGUUCAGACCAUCUUCAGGGCAGUCCCAAUUCAAUGCAAAAAGUUACCUUUCAGAUUGGCUACUCUCUGUCACCAGACUCUGAUACAGAAGGCAAGAGAAAUGAAGCUGAUGAGGCACUUCGGAGAGACAUUGAGGAGCUUAGGAAGAGAACACAGGAACAAGAGGUAUUGCCUGUAACAGUGGACCAAAAUAAAAUUAAUAGGACAAAGGACACAUCAUCCAAUUCAUACAAUUAUAAAUGGGAUUCUACACAUGAAGGAAGUAUGAGCAUCUUUGAUGAGUAUUUUACUGAAGAUAAUUUAAUAGAAACAAAGACCAUCGAUGAUCUUCCCAAAGAGGAUCAGCAGAAAGUUGAACAAGAGGUUUCAAAAAUGGGACUUUAUAUUCAGAACAAUGAACAGCAACGUGACUUGAGUGGGAACAGUUGCUUGUGCACUUGUAAGAUAUAUGGAAUGGACUUAGAUUCUCACAUUAUUAGUUCUGCUGAGCAGGACUGUGGAGACAAAGUCUCUGAUGACCCCUGUGGGGAACAAGACCAGAAAAAAGCACCUUUUGGAGUUGAGUGGGACAUCCCCCGAAAUGAGAGCUCAGACAGUGCCUUGGGUGACAGUGAAAAUGAGGAUGCAGCUCAUGAGUCAUCCAAACAUUGUCACUACAGUACAGAGCAGGAUGACUGGCUGGAACAGAUGGAGCUACCUUUCCCAGGGUCAAGUGUAGUUGAAAUCUGCCACAGCAAACCCAGUAUAGCGAAUUUUGGAAGGUCUCUUUUUGGUGGCUAUUGCCCAUAUUAUGUAUCUGAUUUUGUUCUGCAUGGAACAGGCAGUGAUGAAAAGCUGAAGCAGUGUUUGGUUUCAGAUUUAACACAUGCUGUACAACAUCCAGUGUUGGAUGAACCUAUAUCAGAAGCUGUUUGCAUUAUCGCUGACUUGGAUAAGUGGACAGUGCAGGUUGCAAGUAGUCAAAGGCGAACCACAGACAGCAAUAGACUUGGCAAAGAAGUACUUGUCUCCAGCUUAGUAUCUAACUUGCUUCAUUCCACGCUGCAGCUCUACAAACUAAAUCUUUCACCAAACUUUUGUAUAAUGCAUCUUGAAGAUCGGCUGCAGGAGCUGUAUUUCAAAAGCAAAAUGUUGUCAGAGUACCUUAAGGGCCAAAUGAGAGUACAUGUCAAGGAAUUGGGCAUGGUAUUAGGGAUUGAAUCCAGUGACCUGCCCCUGCUGGCAGCUGUAGCAAGUACUCAUUCACCCUAUGUGGCCCAGAUACUGCUUUGAAUUUCUCAAUUGCCAAGUCAUGUAAAACAAUUGCAAGGGAAAUGACUGCACAGACGAGAAGACAGCACCAAAUUAUUUACAUUCUCCAGGUUUUGUCAUUUCUGUCUUAAGCAGCAACACUUCUGUGAUUUUUAACUGCAUGAAAAUGCCACAGAACAAAAUCACAAUCGCAAGGGAAUACAGGUUGCGUUUUGCAGGAAAACUGUCAUGUUUCUCAACACUUUGAAUCUGUCCACAGUCAAAACGAACAAUGGAGAAUUUUAGGAAAGGAGACCAAAAGGGAAAGUGACAUGUUCUUUUUCAGAGUACGAGUUGUGUACCUGAAGAACCACAAUUUGAAAGCAAGAGCAUGAAAUUGCUGUUUGUCUUCUGAUUAAUCUAGAACCAUGACCUUGCAUGUUUUGGAAACUUUUUGACUUCAAAGAAGUCAGACUAACCUCUCCUGUUCUUACUGAACCUAAACAUAUAUUUACGUGUUUUUAUUUUUUUUUGUACUCUUAUAGACAGAGUAUUUGAAAAAAAUGUUUUAUAUGUUUACUUUUACAAAAGCCCCGUUCAGAAUAAACUUCAAAAAUGUAUGUUUUAAUGUUUUAGAAAAUAUGAUGUAACUGACAGAGUUCAAUAAUGCUACUCAUUGCCUUUUAAUUAAUGAAAUCAUUGCCUGUGAUUACAGUUGUUAUCAUUUAUGCAUUGAAACUGUAAAUAUGUGGGGGUUAUAGCUGAUAAAAUCAAAUAGGAAAGUAAUGUGUUCAUUUGUUUCUAUCAGUAACAGUUCUUCAGCCAACGAUCUGACAUCAAGCUAUCAUUGAAAAAAUUUAUUUCUAAAUGGGGAAGGGAAAUUGAUUCAAUUUAUAUCCUACCUCAGUUAAUCCUGUACCGAGGGCUUUCUUCUGUUCCCACUUCUCUUUUCCAGUUCUGUUUCCUAAAUUUCAAUUUAGCUCAGUUUUGUUUUUUGCCAUUUGGUAAUUUUAUGCAUGAUAUUCUGCUGAAGGUGCAAAAUGUAAUAGCACCUUCAGCAGGUACUGGAGCGACACAAUGAGUGGAACUAAUGACAUAGGAACCUUUGGGGGUUAUUGCUUAUAUGGCCAGAAGAAGACACUGAUCUUAAUACAUGUUCAGGGUAUGGAUUGCUGAAUAUGUGCCUCACAUAGGAUAUUGUAAUGAGACAAUCUGAAAAUGUAUUCUCUCGUCCUCAUUUAUUACAUAAUAUUUACAGUUUUUUUUCUGCAGUAUGGUAGUCUCUGAAGAUUUAGUUUAAUGUCCCCAUUUUGAUAGAACUGACUUCACAAAAUGAAGCUUACCUAGUUCAGGUUGGGUGGGAUGUUUUGGAUAUGAUUUGGUAGUUUGCAAUGGCUUCAUUGUGACAAGUUAAAUCUCUUCCAGAAACAAAAGGGAGAAAUGCUGGGUUAAGAGGGGGAAAUUAGAGCAAAGAACCAAAUUAAAUGUAAUGUGGUGAAAUAAUCCAUUUCAGGAAAUUGGAAUCUGUUAAAAAUUUAUGAAUAAUGUUUUGAUGAGGAAUCUUUUAUCUGACUCUGCGAGUAGCACAAUGCAUCCCAGUCUGGUGGUGUGGAUUAGUUUUGUCUUCACUUCAUUUCCCUGCAAACGUCCACACUAGGUUCAGUAUCUCAGCUGCAGCCAUUUGGAGACAAGUGAGAGCUCCAUGCUUCUCACAGCAUAGUCUGGAGUCUGGUUUUCAGUAGUCCCUUUGCUGCCUUAGUCAAGAACUAAGGUGUGGAAUGGGGGGAAAGCGAGGCAAGGGCAAAUUAAAAAUGCGUGGUGGCUUGGUUUCACAGUUUCAAUGUCAUUGAAGUACAGUAGUAAUUAUCUUUUAAUACACUAGCUGGGAUUAUCACUUAUCUGAACCAGCUAUAGUAUGAAUUAAGUUUUUGCUUGUUACUUCAAUCACAGUCAUAAUCAAAUGAAAAGCAAGAUGAGAGGCAUUGGCUAACAUUUAAAAUCUGAUUUGAACUUAUUUUGGUUGAGAUAGUGCUAAGCAAGGUGCAAGGUAGAGUUUUUAAAAAAAACUUAGAACUGAGCAUUUGCUUUAAUAAGGGAUAUUUGGAUAUUUUGGGAGUGAUACUGUUGAUCUGUCAUUUACUGUAGUCAGAAACAGUACUCAUUUCCAAAAACACACAACUUCUCUUGCACCUUUUUCUUUCAAGCAUCGUUUUUAAAGUCUUAAGGGAGAUUUUGUGUAACUUUUCAAGAUAACGUUAUUACAAUGUAAUUUCUAAAUAAUUGCAACACAAGCGCUGAGCUUAACAGCAUUGUACACGGAAAGAGAUCAUUGUAUUUAAUAUGUUAAUUGUAAUGUCUUUUACAGUAUUUUUUAAUUUAUUUUACUGAGAUGGAAGUUAUUGGCUAAAUUGUACAAGACCUCCAGUACAUUCUGUAAAUACUUCCCCUAUGUGUGUAUAUUUCCCAUUUGUUACUUUUUGGAGAAUUUUUCUGCAAUAAAUGUCUAAAAGAA